AUGUAUUUUAAUCAGAAGAUUCUAGUAGUCUUUCGAAUUUUAGCUGCUUUUAAUCAGUAUUCCUCUGCAACAUCAACAACGUAUAUUCCCAAUGGAAAACCAUUUUCAAUUACAUAUGCUAAUGAUUAUUCGGUCCAAGGCUUUUUAAGCAUCGACACUGUCACGAUCAGUGGAAUUAUCGUGAAAAAUCAAACAAUUGCUCAAUGUGCAUUUCUUAAUGGUAUGACUGGUAAUGUCAAUGAUGGUAUAUUUGGCCUUGCAUAUUCAAGUUUAACAAAAGAUGGUGAGAAGCCAGUUUUUUACAAUAUGUGGUCGCAAGGUCUUAUAUCCGAAGCUAUCUUUUCCUCUUAUUUCAAUCCUGAUCCAAAGGCAAUAUCCGGUGGUGUAGAUUCGAGUAAAUACACGGUUUCUGUUACUUAUGCUCCUGUAGUACUAGCAGGAUAUUUGGAAUUUCAAAUGACUAGUGUAACUGUUGGAUCAACUAUAGUAAGCAGAUCAGCAAAUGCUAUUAUUGACACCGGUACAUCAUUAACCAUUGGACCUGUAACAGAAGUUAGAGCACUAAAUCAUGCCUUAGGUGGUACUCUGGAUUCAUCUAGUGGAUUGGUAUGA